CUGGCGCAGGUAAAAAUAAACCGCACUUUUCGUAUUAAAUUUCGGUUACGAUUGUUAAUUUUUGUUAGAACUUUUUAUAGGUUUAAAACCAGUAUUCCGGUGUUUUAUUCAAUUUUAUUAGUUCUUCUUUGAGUUGAGAUAAUUCUGCCCAUUGAUAUUUUGCUACAAUCAAUGGAAGGGAAGUUGAAACAUGACACUCAACCGUAGAAUGUAAACGAAAGUGAUGUUUUUGCUUGUGUGGUAGGGAUUAUCGGGGUUUCCUUUUUGUCCCUUUUGAGGAUCUAUGAUCUAGUUGAAAGCGCCGGGUCACUCACCUCUAGCUAGUAUAAGAUCAUGCAGCAGCAGUCGGAAGACUCAAUUCGGCUGGAUCAGGAUAUCGCUAUUCGGUUGCAGAAUGAACAUCCUGAACAGUUUGUUACGUUGGUGCGAAUGCACCUGUCCUUUGAAUUGGAUCUCAACACCGAUACAGAAAAUGACCCGACAGGUAUCGAAAAAAAUAAAAGCAAAAAGUGGAAAGGUUUUCACAAAAAGACGAAAUCCUGCGCUUCGGUUAAGUCCACUUCGCCGGAAACGGCGAAAACGGUGUUGAGUAAACAGAACAUCCGGGAUUUGAAGCAGCUGAUCAACUUCUUGAUGCAAGAACAAAACGUUAUUCAAGAGGGCAUAUUCCGAAAAACUGGCUCUCUGAAUCGACAAAAUGAACUGAAAUCAGCUCUAGUCCAGGGAUUGCCCAUUAAUCUUGAUAGCGGUGACUACACAGCUCAUGAUUGUGCUAGCGUUCUGAAAAGUUUCCUUGCUGAUCUUUCGGAGCCAUUGUUGACGGAGCUUUACUAUCCAGCUUACUGUCAGGUGGCAGAAUUCUGCCACUCAAAGGACUCGCUGGCCGUUCGAGAGGAUCGGUUGCUGAACGCAAUCCAAUUGCUGUUUCUUUUGCUUCCCAAGGAAAAUAAUUUACUGUUGAAAUAUAUUAUAGACAUGCUCUUCAAGACCAUUCAGCACGAAGCGAGCAAUAAAAUGUCUGCUGAAAAUUUGGCCACCCUUUUCACGCCUCAUUUAAUUUGUCCACGGAAGAUCUCCCCGGAAUCAUUACACACCACCGCCCAACAGAUGAGCAGUAUUAUCAGUUUCAUGAUAAAAAAUGGACCGAAAUUGUUUCAAAUUCCGCCCAAGUUGGCCACAGAUAUCAGAGCAUUCUUCGUUGAACGGAAACGGCGUAAAACGAUGUCUCCGGAGCACAUUUUAAAUGAAUCGAUCACCUCCGAUUCCGUUGCCAACACAGUUUACACGUUCGUGGAUCGAGAAAAGACAGCGGAAGCACACGUGAUGAAUUCCACCGAUACAGAGCUGGCUCAACUGUAUGCACACAUCCAAAGUUUGCCGGAAUCGUCCAAGAAGAAGAAACUCAUCAAACAAUUCAAUCGAGAAAAUGGCUAUGGAACGCCGUUGCAGGUGCUGAUGCUGAGGGAGAAAAAUUCCGCCGGAGGAUCCACCGUUAAACCUCAGCGAUCGAUCGGAGAUUCGAUUAAGCGACACAUUUUCCACAAAAGCUUGAUGUCGAAAACGCCGAAACGGAACAGUCACACGCCGGUUGGGUUUCAGACCCCAAACGGUACGAACAUACCUAAGCAGAGGGUCCUGUUCCAAAGUCCACUCUCGUCAGCCGCCAGCUCUCCGAGUGUGCUCGGUAAACGAUGUUCCACGACAUCCACCUCGUCAUCGUUGUAUUCGGAACCAGCGUGCGGUUCGUCUAGAGCUGCAAGUCCGGCGGCACCAGGAACGAUCCGGAGAAGCAACAGCAGCUCUUCCACCACAUCGACCGGGUCUUAUAGGUGCGAGACGCGAAGAACGGUUGAAUUCUCCGAUAUCGUUGAAACCGAGGACUGCAGCGGUAAGCGAAGCCGAUUGAUACUGGAACUUGAUGAAGAGGAACCGCCACCUCCGGAGGACGACGAAGAUUUUGUAGAGCAAGAUGGGGACGACAUUGGAGAGGAAGCAACGGAAGGAUAUUUGGAAGACGAGCACAGUGACGAAAGAAUGGAUGCUGGACAAACAUUGAGCGACACAGAGGAAGACAGAUAUUGUUCUGGUGGAGGGCUGAGCGACAGUCGGUCCAAGUAUAAAUCGGAACCCAAUCUUAGUACCAUUAUUCAUGAGGAGCAUAAUUGCCGAACGCCCAACAAUAAGGAGAACAAGAUUUCAUUCAUCAAAAACAAACUCAUUAAAGGGGUUUCCAUGGGUAAUUUGAGGCUUCCAUUUGUACAGGAAAACCGUUCCGGAAAGAAAUCUUCAUCGUCGCUGUUGAAGUGUUGCUUCGAAGAUAAUCUUAAAAGCGCCAAAAAAUCUAUGGAAAGUUUUGCAUCAACGGCUUCACCAGAUUGCCGUUUGACGGGUAUUUCUCCAUUGGUAGGUAAAACGGCAGUGAACCGUGGAGAUGAUUUCGACAUGAUCAACAUGGUAAACGAGAAUAAUGCCAAUCUGGACCCCAAUAAUUGGAACGUGGGUUACCUAACGAGCACACCGGCACUGAGCGGACGAGAAUCUAUGUCUCCGAUUACAAAAUCGACACAACGGAUGCCGAAAUCGAUGCAGGAAUCCAUUAUGACUCCGCGUUCCCGGAAGCCGGUCAUACUGUUGGGCGGCCUAAACGGUGCCGAUCAACAACACUCGACUUACGCGAGCCAAAGUAGCUUUGCCAGUUUACCGGAAGAGGAUGAAGAUGCCGAGAUUACCGAGGUGGCAAUCGAGCUGCCGAAAGUCACGGUUAAUGGGUUGCCUGUCAGUAAUGAUGCGGGUAUCAUUCGAGAGCAGACAUCCGCAAUUGGAAACGAAACAUCCUCAGUCAACUUUACGGCCAAUGGUACAGGGGUUGGGUUAGAGGAGUCGAGUUCGUUAACCAGUACGUUUAGGGAUUAUUUAUUAAGCCGUAGCGUUAUGACCGAUAGUCCUGCAGAUUUGUCUUUCUCGAGUCAGCCGGACGACUUCUUCUCGGGGACAGAAAUGGAAAUUAUCAACGAAUCGAAGAUGAGCGACAGUUUGUUGUUCUGUUUGGAUGGGAACAAACCACCGGUUGAAGAAGAUUCGGAGACCACCCUCGUCGAUGCGAGGAAGCGCCCUGCGCCGGAUGCUGGCACCGAUGAAGCAAGCGCGACCAACAGCUAUCGAGCGAAUAUUUCACUGAACCAACUGGUGCUGCCUAGCGAUUCAGAGCUGGACGAAACUUGCCUUUAAAUAGGCGUCGAUUUUGUUUUAUUUCAUUUCAGACAGGAAUUGGUGGAAUCAAUUUCUUUUAACUGCAGUCAAUCAAAUCAGAAGAAAUACGAAAUUGUUUUAUUGUUUGGACAAGAUCUUUAACAAAACCAUAACAAUGUCUUAAACAAUCUACCUAUAGAUUUUUAUAAUUAUAAAGAAUGUAUGCAGGAAAUCAAUUUUAAAUAAAAAGGAUAUCCAAUUCUCAAAAGGAGGAUUAUAUAGGUUUAGCGCAGCCUUUCAAUUA